CAUACGAAAUCCGCUCUAAGCAAUUUGUCUAAGCCUACUGAUUCUCACUCCUAUCUGGCUAUCAUGGUCAAAGCGUUUACCGAGUACGAUGACAUCUUUCACAAUGUCAAAUCGUUUGGUAGCUACCAGAAGAAGGUUGCAUAUGGGACAUGCUUAAUGCUUAUUGGACAGGGACUGCAGUUUGGUCAUCUUGUCUUUGUUACAGGAACUCCAAAGUUUCAGUGUUCAACUCCUAAUGUGUCGUGUGGAGGUAUCAAUAAAUGUUGUACAAACUGUACAUCUUAUGAAUUCGAUCCUUUGUUCACUACCGUCGUCUCUGAGUGGAGUCUGAUAUGUGAUCGUUCAUAUUUGGCUGCCAUUAUACAAGCGAUGUUCUUUGUUGGUAUGCUGGUUGGAUCGUUCGUCUCAGGAAUUUUGUCUGACAUGUUUGGAAGAAAGCUAAUCAUCUUUGGCUCAAUUGGAGUCAUGGCUUCCUGUGGUGUGAUGCAAUCCYUCGUGUCUUCAAAUAUACCCUUGUUUGCCAUGCUUCGAUUUGGUGUUGGAACUUUCAAGAUAAGCGCUACUCUCGCUCAUUUUAUUCUAAUGAUGGAGGUCAUUGGACCMAGCUAUCGAGCUAGGAUGGGUAAUGUUAAUGGAUUCUUUUGGUUGACAGCUUCCUAUCUACAGACUUUGAUAGCGUACUUUAUAAGAGACUGGAGGACUCUGUCAUGGGUUACAAGUCUUCCUCCAUUCUUGCUUUACUUCUUUUUCAGGGUUUUUCCAGAGUCCCCUCGUUGGCUUGUUGUUAAAGGCAAACUAAAACAAGCCCACAAGGUCAUCAUGAAGUACGGUGGAAAAGACAACAAACCCUGUGAUCCUGAACAGGUGAUGACCAUGCUAAAGUCCAUUCACGAGGAUCAAAUUCAACGAAGUUCGAAUGUAAAGAGAUAUACACCAUUAGAUCUUGUUCGUACACCAAAGCURAGAAAAUGGACUCUCAUUACUUGUUUUGGGUGGUUUACAACAUCAUUAAUUAAUUUUGCAAUCUUGAUCUACACGUCGUUGUUACCUGGCAAUGUGUACGUCAUUGCAGUAGUUCAAGCAACAAUCUCAGGCAUCUUUAUCUUUCCUACUUGGUUCUCAAUGAACAGAUUGGGACGUCGACUCACCCAUUGUUGUUUUAUGAUUUCUACUGGUGUGGUGUUGCUGCUGAUUUUAGUUAUACCUAAAGAGUAUGAGCUGGCCGUCACCUGCUUGGCAGUAAUUGGGUUURUCAUUACUAAUCAUGAAUGGAGCAGUGUGUACUUAAUAAGCUCUGAGCUUUUCCCAACUGUUUUAAGGAACACAGCACAGGGAGUGGGUUCAACGGCUGCUCGUAUUGGAGGAAUAUCAGCACCGUUCUUACUCUUACUGGCUCAACUUCCUGGUUCAAGCAUCAUACUUCCUAUGACCAUAUUUGGUGCGUGUGCCAUUACUUGUGGCAUCAUGUCUCUAUGGUUACCYGAAACGGCUGAUCGACCUCUCUACCAGACGACUGUAGAGGCAGAAGAAGCUUCUGAGGAUUAUGGGAUACCAUUUUUGAAGAAACAGAAGAGAAUGAGCACAAGAGAUGAUGAUCUAUCAAUGAAUGUAACAUCAUUCUAGUGUAGUAUCUGCAUUAUACUUUUAUCAGGGUUGCUCAAUACUUUGACAAAUUURUGCAUAGUAUUGUMUUGUAUUCAAAUAACAAUAGAUUAACAUUUCMUCCGUCUUUGAAACAWUUACUACUAGUCAGUGUUUAAUAGUAACUAUUACUUUGUAGUAGGCUUCCAAAAGGCAAAAUCAAAACUGAAUUUGCCUAAUAUAGUUUGGCGCAUGUCACAAGUUAAACUAUUGGGAGCUAAUAGGGAGAGGUAUUUAAGUACAAUUCCAAUUUCACAGACUGAAGAAAAUGACUCUACAAGAAUGACGCAAUACAAUAGAAUACAAUGCAAUGCUAUGCAUAAAUUUGUCAGAGUAAUGGACAAGUACGACUUUUUUGAAAUAAAGRGAAAUCAAUUUUCUCAUUUCUUGCAGUCAUAGAGUUUAAAUUCAAUUGCAAUAAAGAAAAACAUUUAGAUGUUUCAAUAACUGAA